AAGAGCUGGAACAAGUGGUAUUCUCUAUCAACGGUAGUAGCUUACCUGGUCCUGAUAGUAUUUCUGGGAAAUUCUUUCAACACUGUUGGGAUAUAAUUACUAAUGAUCUCUAUGAUGUGAUUUUGGACUUCUUCUCUGGAACUGAACUUCCUAGGUCCUUCACUCAUACAUGCCGUGUCCUUAUUCCUAAAAUUGAUAGUCCUCGGCAAUUCACUGAUUUUAGGCCUAUUAGUCUAAGAAACUUUACUUCCAAAAUUAUCUCAAAGUUGCUUAAUAAUAUGUUAGCCCCUCUUAUGAAUAGGAUUAUUUCUCCUAGUCAAACUGGAUUCCUUAUGGGAAGAGCUAUUUCUGUUAAUGGCAUACUCACUCAAGAACUUGUCCACAACUUGAAUAGGUCCAAUAUAAAUGGUAAUGUUGUAUUCAAACUGGAUAUGGCAAAGGCCUUUGACAGAGUUGCCUUGGAUUAUCUUUGCCAGAUUAUGAGGCAAUUAGGAGUUUUUGAAUUUUGGAUUGAUAUGGUGGCUAGACAAUUGGUAUUCCAUUAAUAUCAAUGGAGUGAGACAUGGGUUUUUUAAAUCAUCCAGAGGUUUGAAGCAGGGGGUCCACUAUCUCCCUUUCUUUUUGUCAUUGGUGCUGAAUUACUAUCCUACAUGAUGGAUCAAUUGAUACAUGAUAACUUCAUCCCUUUCUCUAUGGAUAAUGAAAGCCCCUUAAUCACUCAUCUCACAUAUGCUGACGACACCAUCCUCUUCUCCUCUGAUGACUUGCUUUCCAUUGCCAUGAUGAUAAACAAGUUGGAGAAAUAUAAACAAAUCUCAGGCCAAAUGGUGAACAAAAGGAAAUCUGCUUUCAUGGUAUCUUCUAAUACUCCACCCCUUGUAAUUGAGGACAUCAAAGCUAUCACUAGUUUUUCCCAUUCCCACUUCCCACUUCCCUUUUACUUAUUUGGGGUGUCCAAUCUUUCUUGAAAAAAAGAAAAUAUGCUUUUUUGAAAAUAUGGUGGCUAAAAUAGCAAAUAGAACUCAGGGAUGGAAAGGGAAGAUUCUUUCCAUUGGGGUUAGAGCAGUCCUUAUUAGGUCUCUAUUGCAUUCUCUCUCUUUACAUAUCAUAUAUAUUGUGUAUCCACCAAAAAGUACCCUUGAUUAUAUUGAAAAAUCUCUUGCUAGUUUUUUUUGGUGCACAUCAGAGUGCAAGAGGAUCUAUCAUUGGUUUUCUGGAAAAAUUUAUGUUAUCCUAAGGUGGAGGGAGGGGUAGGUUUUAGGUCAUCGCAUGACAUCUACAUUUCGUUUGCUGCUAAAUCAUGGUGGAACUUCAGGACUCAAAAAUCUCUUCUCACCCUCUUCUUGGAAGCUAAAUAUUGCAAAAGAUAUCAUCCGGUUGCUAGGAAAAAAAGCUAUUCUCAGUCACACAUUUAGAGAAGGCUAAUGGACAUCAAGGAGGAUUGUGAAGAUCAUAUUUAGUGGAAAGUAGGGAAAGGUAACCUCUCAUUUUGGUGGGAUAACUGGACUAACAAAGGUGCUCUUGCUAAGCUAAUCCAACAUGAAAACAAGUCCAAAAAAACAAAAAUGGCUGAUUUUAUCUCUCACAACCAAUGGAUGCUGGAUAAACUUCAUGAUACCCUCCCCUCUCAUCUGGUAUCUCAUAUUCAGUCCAUUAAGAUUUCACCAGAAGAGAAUUAUCGGCCUAUCUGGCUUGCUAAUCCUUCUGGAUCUUUCACUAGUAAAUCAGCUUGGGAAACAUUUAGAAAAUCAAGAGAUUUAAUGUACAUGGGCCAUCAAGAUGUUAUUGUUGCGCCAUUUGCAACAUUGAAACUACUAAUCAUUUAUUCUAUGAGGGGAAUGUUGCUAUCAAAGUUUGGAAAUACUUCGAAGAUGUGUGUGGUUUGUCUACUUGUUCUACUCGAGGCAUCAGGGAUAAAUUCAUCAAAUGGUGGCUCAUCAAACAGAAAAAAGUACAUGAAAUGAUAUUGUAAUGCCUCCCUUCUGUUAUCUGUUGGGAAAUCUGAAAAUAUAGAUGUACUUAUAAAUAUGAAGGUAUUAGAGGCUCUAUUGCCCGAGUCAUUCAUCAGAUUACCACCAUGAUGCAGUUGCUGCUUUCUACUCAAUUUUCCUCUCUAUCUUUGUAUCUCUAUUCCCAAAGAUAUCGCAUAUGGUAGAUAGAAUCAAGCCCCAAUUAAAUAUUAUACCUGUGAGCUGAAAAAAACCUGCAAUAGGGGAUCUCAAAUUAAAUGUCAAUGGGUGUAGCAAAGGGAACCCUGGUAACGCACGAGGUGGAGGGAUCCUGAGGAAUCAUCUUGGUCAUAUGAUUAUGGCAUUCACUGUGUAUCUUGGUUGUUGUUCGAACAACUCUGCUCAAGGUCAAGCAAUCAAAACUGGUUUGAGAUGGUAUUUAGAUCAUGGUUUCAACAUGGUAACAAUAGAGUCAGACUCUUUCCUUGUGAUUCAGAUAAUUAAAGGAAAUAUCACCACUUCUUGGCAUAUCAAGGAUGAAAUCUCAGAGAUUCAAGCUAUGAACCUAGUUGGACAUUUUCAAUUUGUUCACACUUUCAGAGAAGGCAACAUCCCAGCUGACCUCCUUGCUAACUUAGCUGUAUUGGAUAGGAAAAAUAUAUUCUUUACUGAGGCUAUAAGUCUACCAAGGCAGAUAAUAUCCUCACUGAAGAAUGAUGAGAUAGGGAGGCCAAAUUUUAGAAUCAAGUUGAGGAAGAGUACCUUCAACUUUGAUCUAGGUGAUUUUUGCUUGUUCCUUUGUAGAUAGAUCAAAUUGUAAGGAUGGACUCUGUCCAUCCCAGCUUUGUUUUGAGAGGUUAGGCUUAUACCCCUUCUAUGUUCCUUUUGACUUAUCAAUAUAUUCCCCCAUGGGGAGCUUUGAUUUUAAAAAAAAAUGUCGAAGCAUAUCUACAUAUGGAGAUAUCAAUUAGAGGCCGUUUGGUUGGUGAAAUAAGCAUUUAAUCAC